UGCAGCAGCCUUCUCCCAGCAGUGGGCGGUGAUUUCAGCCAGAGGUUCCCCUUCUUUUACAGCUUGCAGGAUCCGCUUUAGUGCCAAGUGCUGCGGAGAGAGCCGUGGGGGCGCGCAGGGCUGCUUGCUGGGCCUCGCUGCGUUGGCUGCCCCUGCGCUGCGGAGCCAGUCGUGCUCAGCAAGCGGCAGAGACCAUGUUGAUGCUGGAUUGCAGUUCAGAGUCUGCUAGUUUCAGCAAUCUGUUUGAGGCAGGAACUGGUGUGAACGCACCUGCAGAUGCCUUUGGUCAGUCUCCAGCUCACUUGGCUGCUUGUGGCGGUGAAGCUUUUUUCCUACUUUGGCAACUACAGACAGGAGCGAAUUUGAACCAACAGGAUUGCCUUGGAGAAGCCCCCAUUCAUAAAGCAGCAAAAGUUGGGAGUUUGGAAUGUCUUGCUCUCCUCGUAGCUGGUGAUGCCAAAAUUGAUUUGUGCAAUAACAGUGGACAAACAGCAGCAGACCUUGCUCUGGCUUACGGCUUUCUGGAAUGUGCCAAGUUCCUCACAACAAUUCAGCAUACUCAAACUAUGAAACUGAGGGGACAGUCUGGCUACACACUGAGUGACAAACGCAGCUUGCUGAGAGAGAAUCCAGCUACACAAAAGCAAGAACAAGAAAUCAGUGGAUCCACAAGCAGGAAGAGGAGAAGAUCAGAUGAUCUUAUCGCCUAGCUGACAAAAGAAACAGCUUGUAAUCCCAAAAGGAAAUUAAGGAGAACUUCAAGUCUGAAGAAACAUGACUGGACUAGGAACUGAACAGCCUGAUAUAUGCUGUUACAUUGUCUCCUUCUGAGAAGGAGGAAAG